UCCUCCACAGCCAAAGCAUCACCCAACGAUAAACACAACCUGUUAGCUAGCUAGCUUCUCAGCCACCAGAGAAACAGCAAAUAAUUCAGUAGAGAAGAGAACAGAAAACCAAAGCCAAAUGGCUUCACCAUCUUCCUUCUGCCUCCUCGCUGUUCUUCUUGCGUUGGUCUCGUGGCAGGCCAUCGCUUCUGAUCCUAGCCCUCUGCAGGACUUCUGCGUUGCCGAUAAGCACUCACCUGUGCUUGUUAAUGGAUUUGCUUGCCUGGACCCAAAGUACGUGAAUGCAGACCACUUCUUCAAGGCAGCCAUGCUCGACACUCCUAGAAAAACAAACAAGGUUGGAUCAAAUGUCACACUGAUCAACGUCAUGCAGAUCCCUGGACUUAAUACACUCGGCAUCUCAAUUGCACGCAUCGACUACGCACCCUUGGGUGAGAACCCACCGCACACACACCCCCGUGCAACUGAGAUCCUCACAGUCCUUGAGGGAACCCUCUAUGUCGGCUUUGUCACAUCUAAUCCAAACAACACACUAUUCUCCAAGGUGCUCAACAAGGGUGAUGUGUUUGUUUUCCCUGAGGGGCUCAUCCACUUCCAAUUCAACCCUAACCCCCAUCAGCCUGCGGUUGCACUUGCUGCACUUAGCAGCCAAAACCCUGGGGCUAUUACCAUUGCAAAUGCAGUGUUCGGAUCAAAGCCACCGAUCUCAGAUGAUAUUUUGGCAAAGGCAUUCCAGGUUGAGAAGGGCACCAUUGAUUGGCUCCAGGCUCAGUUUUGGGAGAACAACCACUACUAAAUCUAAACAAAGUAUAUGUGUUGUUAUACUAUGUAUAAGUUUCUAUUCUGCAAUAUAUAAAAUAAAUUUGUAUUUCUAGUCGGCUUAAUUAUGUGUGCUUGCAAGCACAUCAACAAUACAUUAUUUUGUUGGGAAAAGGCUUUGUAUGUUGUUCUAGUGUGGUAUCCCCUGUUAUAAAGGUAAUAAAGGAAAACAUUGGUAUUA